AUACCGUUUUUCGGUCUUGUUUGAGAUCAACAGCAGUUCGACGAUGACGAUCGAUUCACAGGUUGAGGAGAGAGAGUUUGACAUCACUGGUUGGGUUUUGAUACUGCUUAACUUCUGCGUCAACAUGUUAUGGGGAUGCACAUUUAAGACCAUAGGUGUGCUUCUACCAGUUCUUACUGACCAGUUCAGCACUGACGCGUGGAUAAUUGGCACGGUGGCAUCACUUACAUCCGUUGCAGCGGACCUAACAGGUCUGCUCGCCUCACCUCUGGAGAAUAAGUUCGCUAUCCGUCAGUUGCUAACCAUCAGUGCACUUAUGGUUAGUUUGGGUUGGUUUGUCGUGUCCUGGGCAACAAGUGUUGUUCACAUCGCUGGACCCUUGAUUGUCGCUGUUGGAAUGGGCACUGGGAUCCUGAACGUUUUGAGUAAAGCUUUUCUGGCGAGGCAUUUCCGUAAGAACACCACGCUAGCCUACGGUCUGAGCAACACAGGAAAUGCAGUGGCCCUUCUUGUUUUUGCACCAAUGACUCAGCUGUUUCUUGAUACCUACGGCUGGAGAGGAGCAACGUUGCUGGUCGCAGGAGUUUGCGCCAACUCCAUACCCUGUGCUGCUCUUGUCCGAGUGACCAAAAAAUCGUCCUAUCAGCCCCUGUCAUGUUCAAAUGAAGACGGGACAGCCUCGCUCGAGACGAAGAGCUGCCACUCGUACAUCGAAACUUUGUGUGCAGGCCUCUGGAAGGCUGCAGGUUUUGGAAUAGUCUUUGAAUUAAAUUUUAUCAUACUGUACCUAUGCCGCUUUUCAAUGAAUAUUGCCUACAACAGCUGGAUGGUGUAUUUUAUACCACAUCUUCAGGCCAAGGGCUUCUCACCACAAGUAGCUGCUGCUCUGUGCGUUCCACCGGCCAUUGCGUACUUUAUUGGGACAAGUGUCUGGGCUCCAUUUGUCGACCGAGGUCUCGUCAGUUGCUCGACGAGUAUUGUCGUGAGCAACUUUGUUUUAGCAGCGUCCUUUGUGGCGGAUCCGUGGGUGGACAGCGUCGCGGGUACGGCCGUAAACAACGUCCUUUUCGGGCUAUCCCUUUCAGCCUUGUACACCCUCGGUGAUGUCCUGACGAAAGAACUUUACGGAGUGGAACGACUGACGACUGCUUUUGCGUGGAUCAGAGCCUUUGGAUUUCUGCCCAGGCUUCUGGGUGGGUUUUUCCCAGGCUGGAUGUAUGAUACAACAGGGACUUAUGACGUAGCGUACGUCGUCAUUGGCUCCUCGUCAAUUCUCACCCUUAUUCCACUUGUCGUCGAACAACUCUGGAAAAACCAUCUGGAAAAAACGUCACAGUCCGCAUAGUAGAUGGAGUAUGGUAGCUCACCACGGCAUUUCUGGACGAUUUUGUAAAUCUUGCUUUGUUUUGUUUGUAACUUGCCUACAAUAAACCCGCAUGUUUCCUAUGGUCGUGUAUAUACAGUGGAACCCGGAGGAGGAUUAUUCUCAAAUAAAAUGUUGGUCCAUAAUUUAACCCCACAAAAAAAGAUAUUUUGAAUUACAUUACAUGAGAUAUAAGGAUUGAAGUUUUGCAUAUUCACUUUAAGUUCCGUAAUCCUUCGAAACUGGAUUCUAUUCACAUUGGUCAAGUCAACGCGAGUCCAACCGACUCGUCAGUUAGAAACCUUGGUUUUUAUCUUGAUCUAGUUUGUUCCAUGUCUGGUCAUAUUACCAGAAUUUCCAAGUCUGCAUCGUUUGCUCUGCAUCGAAUCGGCCGUAUCGAAUCUUAGAUCGCACAAGCACGGAGAAAUUAGUCCAUGCUUUCAUUACGUCUCGACUGGACUAUUGUAACAGUCUCUUUAUCAUGCACCUGAUCAAUUAACUAAACGCCUCCAAGCCAUUCUGAAUGCAGCGGCACGCUUGGUAUGUCGUUCUCCAAAAUCUUCACAUAGGGGCCUAUAACCCCAGUUCUUUGUUCUCGGCACUGGCUCCCUGUUGCGCAGCGAAUCGACUUCAAGAUUUUAGUCAUGGUUUCCAAGAUACUUCAUGAUCAAGCACCUUCCAUAUCAAUUUGUUUUUCGUCGCCAAAGAGAAAGGAAUACCACAUCCUCUAUGAUAUUACAGCUUAAUGAGCCCCGCUAUAGGGAGGCGUCCUAUGAGAAGGAGCUUUUCGGUUGCUGCACCUAGGCUUUGGAAUGGCAUCCCCAAUUCGGUCCCUGAAGGCCCACUCUAUAGAAUGUUUUGAGUCUCGGUUAAAAAUACAUCUCUUUUGGGUGGUGUACCAUCAAUGGCUAAAUAGGCCACUUCAGAGAAACUGAGCGACAGGAGCAAAAUGAGCGGCUCUGGUUCUCCAACGCAGAGUGCAGCAGCCACAACCUCCUCAUAUGAACAAAAGGUCAUCCUUGAUCUGCAAGCACAGCUGAGACAGCUAGCUCAGCAGAACCGAGAAUCAAUUGCAAAGGCACUGUCAGCUGCCAAGGCCACAACUUCCUCCUUGCCUUCCCAAUCGGGCCAGCCUUCCCAAUUGGGCCAGCCUGCCUCCACAGACUCCUCCACCGUAACCCCACUCACUCCUACCAGCACUACUCAUGUUGCCAGCUCAUCACCACCAGCCCUGCCUGUCUCGCUCACUACUGGCCCCCACCGUGAGCCCGCUGUGCCCGAGGUCGGUGACGAGGUACCUGAUCAGCACCCGCUGAUUCUGAGCAUGUCCAGUCCUGCCAAAUGCACCAGUGCUGCUCCUGCCGACCCCUUGACUGUACCCAUGGUUGACAGCCAUCACCGGAUAUAUUCGGCAGGGGGUUUGAUUACAGAACCGUUCCAACACCCGACAGUGCCAGAGCUUCCACUUUCUAAUCCUGCAACAAGGAGCCUACUAGAAAAGCAGCUAGAGGACACCAAAGCUCAGGUUUUGCACCUUGACACAAAACUGAAAGAGUGUAAUGAUAUCUGUGAGAAGCAGAAGCUUCACUUUCGGACAGCUAUCGUGGACCUGCAGACCAAACUGAAUGACACCAUCGUUGGUAGGAACUCAGUUCUUGAACUCAGACGUAAGGAGGCGGAGAGCCAAGAAAAACUCAUCAACCAGCUCCAGGAAACGUUCGCUGACGUUGAAACAAGUAACCAACAACAGACACAGGUUCUACAAGAUGCAAGUCUGAGGGUGUCCAGCCUUCACAUGGAACUGCAAGCCUGCAGUGCUGCCUUGGCCCAGGCUGCCAGCCUCACUGUCAGCCAUGCUACCAAGAGAGGGCUCACUCUGGUGCACAGAACAACCUACUCCGGCCCCGUGGAUUCAGAGCAGGUGGUGGGCUCACUGAAGGAAGUGCUGGAGCACUAUGAGAAGGAGCUAGAAGGGAUGAGGCAGAAGGUGGGGAAGGCGGAGCUUGGAUUGAUGGAGGCGAAGGAGCAAUUUGCCGCAAGGUGGAAACAGAAUGGGGAAGAGCAGAAGCAGAUGUUGCGUAGCCUGCGCGAAGAGCACGAAAAGCAACUGAAUGCGGCAACUGAACGGGCUCAAAAUGCUCGGAAACAGACGCUCAGUUUGCAGUCGCAGCUAGCCCUGACGCAGGAGCAGGCGCAGAAGCAGUUGGGAGGGAAGGCAGACCAAAUAACAGAACUACAGCAAAGACUGGAAAAACUACAAGAGGACGCAGCAAGCGACAGGAAAGCACUUCAGACAAAGUGUGACACUCUGUCAUCUGACCUAGAAAUACUUCAGCAGCAGUACAGAGCCUCUUUAGAGGUAAAGAAUCAACUACACGAUCAAAUACAAAAGCUUGAACAACAACUACAUGAUGCAAAGGAAUCUGCAGCGCUAGCACAGGCCAACGCGGAGACUUUGCAGGCGAAGAACUGCCAACUGUCCAACCUGGAGCAGGAGUCUGGCAUCAAGCUACAGGACCUUCAGAGCCAGCUGGAGCGGAAGACUAGCGAGUGUGAGGGGCUUGGCAGGCUGGUGGAGGAGGUCAAGCAGGAAUCUACCAGGCAGGCUGAGGAGAAGGUCUUGUUAAUAGAGGAAAGCAGUAAGCAUCGCAUGGUGGCUCUGACAGAUGACAUGACAUCAAAGAUCAACGACAUCACUCUUAGGUGUGAGACACUCACGGCAGACCUCAGACAGAGAGAGCAAGAAUUGGAAGACGUCACGAAAUGCAAGGAGGAGUUGACCAGAACGCUGGCAGAGGUCCGUCAGGAACUUCAGAGGGUAACGGAGGAGAAGGCCGGAGUGAUGUCGGACCUGGAGAAAUGGGGGGAGGAGCUGGUAGCAAUACGGAGGGAGAGAGAGUCCCUUGUCUUGCUGCUGGAAGAGAGAAACCUUGAGCUUGGCACAGUGCAGAGUGCAAGGGAUCAGCUGCAGGUGCAGGUGAACGAAAAGGAGGAGCAGUGUAGCAGGCUUCAGGAGCAGACAUCCAGUAUGGCUCACCUGGCAGAGGUCACCAAGAAAGCCAGCGAGGAUUGGAAAGAGGAACGAUCGCAGUUGAAGGAAAUCCUGGACAGACAGACAGAGGAGCUGCAAGACUCAAAGCUCCUUCAGGAGAACUUGAAGAAGAAGCUGAAGAUCCGCGAGAAGAGACUGCAGAGUCUUGAAGAGGACAAGAAGCGCCUCCAGGAAGAGGCACAGGGCACAGCCAGGGAGUCGGAGACAGUCGCCAGGAGUAAGGAGGAGCUGAAAGCAGAACUGCAGGAGGCCAAGACGCAGAUGGACCUGAUGUCCGUUGAGGGGGAGAAGCUAAAGGCCAACCUGCUUGAGAUGGAAGAGAAUCACCGGCGAGACGUUAGCAGAUACAAGACCAAGAUACAGGGAUUGCAGAGAGAGUUACAGACUGUACACAAGACGAUCAAGGCUACAGCAGCCAUAGAUGGCAAAGCUGUCCGAGUUGCUGAGAGCAUGCAGAGGCAAGUCACUGCCAAGCGCAGUGAGAUAGACAUGCUGCAGAGCGAAAUUCACUGGUUGAAUGAGUGUCUGGACGUACUCCGAAAGGAGAAAUCAGCAUUGGUUGUUGAACGAGACCGCUAUAAGGUCCAGGUGUCGGAAUUGACCAAGAACAAUGAGAACUUGGUGAAGGAACAAGAGAACGAAAAUGCCAAGAGGUUAGAGCAGAGCUCAGUGGUAGCUAAAUUGGAGGCAUCUCUGAAAAAGGCUUCUAAAAAGCAUAGUGAAUGUCGGACAGUCAUAGAGAGGCUGGAACAAGACAUAGUGAGGCUGAAACUCAAGCACCAGCUGGAGAUCAAGGAACUCCAGAGAGCAGUAACUCGCCCCAGUCCUUCAGCAAGUAUUCCGUCCAAACUGAGUCCAAGAAAGUCUCCACCUCAACAAACCACCAGAUCAACAAACAGAGCUACUAUCGCUGUUGUUAUGAACCAAAACAGACGGAAACUCAACACGGAAACCAGUGUCAGAGACUACAAGCUCUCAAACAAGACAAAAGCAGAUUCCACAAAAGGAUCGGCCAGUAACGAAACUCGCACAAAAGUCGUCACAACAAAGCUUCAUUCCAGUCCGACGAAUUUACAGAAAGACUUGCCCCAGUCUGUGGGGCAUUCCACCGCCAUAGUUCCCACUGCUACAGUGGAGAGAGACAAACUUACCUCCCAAAUCAAAGAAACUCGGACAAGUUCAGGGCCUAAAAAAGAAUUAUCCAAGCUUCUGACAGAUGAAGAACUGAGGUCCCUUCUCCUUGAGAUGUACGGCAUUGUGUCUGGUCAACCAAACAUUCCAAGAACUGCAAAUCGGUCAACAAAAGAGAGUUCUCCCACCAAUUCAUCAGCUAGUCCAACCUGUCCAGUUAUAAAUAAAAGCACAUUACAAGAACCAAAAGAGACGAACACAAAAGAAUCGGGGUACAGCACGACACCCAUGACGAGGCAGGGAAAGCCAGGUAUGACAGCACCACUGUUAACUUCGUCCCCGGUGAAGGAAGAUCGAGAACCGAAAACUGAGGACUUGAGCCUCCUGUCCUCGGUUCCAGCGGCACGGGACAGUCCCCGGACCACCCCAGAGCCAGACUUCCUGCUCAGACCUCGGUCUCCUGUCGCUAGCCUGCUGGGUGUCAGCCCUCACAUGCUUGAGGACGUCCACAGUAACAUCUUUCACAAUAACAGUCAUCAGUCAGGCUCUCACAGAGUUACUGUGUUUGAUACACCAGAGAGAAACAGGACACCAGACCUUAGUCCUGAUUUUGACAAGGCUGGCAGCACCUUUCACGGUGAUCUUGGGUCAUCAUUAAUAAGUGAAGAAGGUGUAGAUUUGAGGAUCCAAAAUGAACGACUUAAGCGUCUUCAGGACAAGUUGCAGGGACUGAGUAAAAUGGGUGGACAUCUGCAGAAAGAAAACAAAGAUAUAGCUGUCAUGAUAAGACGGCAAGAUACUCGUCUCAGGAAGUGCCGACAGCAAGAGCAGAGUAUUAAGCAGCUCGCCAAGAAAGACUGAUAAGGCAUCAACAAAAUCAUUCUGGGAGAGGGUCAUUGUGAAGAGUCCAUCCUAAAAUGUUUUUCCUUUGUCUGAGGCUAACUUAAUGAUUAAUCCUAAGUCACAGUGAUGAGUUUCAAGAGACAGACAAGAGUAUCAAAGGAUUGUAGUCCCUUUAUGCUGGCUUAAUGCAUUAGUACAGAAAGAGUGGUGUACAUUCAUGGGUUGUGCAGAAAUCGGAUAGGUACCCAUUGAGGUGAAACUUGGGAACCCACUGAAGACCCCAACCCCAACAUGCAUAGAGCAUAAAAAACAAUGUUCAACAUAGGCAUUCAGACUGAAAAUUCUAAUUCUAUCCGACUCAAGUCGUUCAUCGUCAAGCUUGGACAUAGAUGUACAAGUAAACUUGAAAUAUGCAGUAGUCUAGUUUUUCAGUUUGAAAUUUUCCUUUUAAAGCAUUUCAUUUUGUUUGUUUGGAAAGUUACCACAUAUUAUAAAAUUGUUCAUGGCAGUGGGUACCCGCUUCCAUAUUCAGAACCAGUUUCUGGCAUCAUCUGUAAUGCAUGCUCGGAUACCUGGUUCUGAUAUCUAGCUCUGGACUCAACCACAUGGCCCCUGGCUAACCGGUGCAUUGUUUGACCGUUACCACAAUCUGUGGUGUUUCAGUUUAUAUAGCCACAGAAACAGUUUUGCAACCCAGUGUCUGACCAAAGUCUCACAUCCUUCGCUUUGUAUGAUACGUGCCUGGAGUACGCAGUACGUGUGGCAUUUGGGAGAUGCAGUUGUUGCUUGCAUGAAAAGUGGGCUGGACAGAAUGACUUGGUGUGUUGCCAAGGUAACCGUUUGCGAGUGAAUUUUUGGCUGUAGCUUUCCAUUGAAUAGGCUAUUACAGCUUACAUAAUUUGACUGCUCACCCCCCCCCCAGCCUUGGUGAAUGAAUGGGUCAUGACAUCUGUACUUGUCUGUGGAAGGCUGUUGGAUCAUGUCCCACCAGAGUAAAGUAACAUUUUCAGCUAUUCAGAAGGUCACUUAAGGCAGUCAUUCUUUGAUAUAAUAUUAUGCUCUUUCAAGAAUGAACGAUCUUAGUUUACAGGUCUAAAAUAUAGGUUUUCCCAGCCAAAGUUUCCAAAAAAAUUAGUUUCAUUCCAGUUCAUUUCAGAUUGCAUGCCCUUCUUUAUUCACAUUCCAACAUCAAAAGUGUCAUUUUGUUUUCAUUAUUUUAGCUGUCAUUUGUUAAACAAGUCGAUUCAAAUUCACUUAGUCAUUGGGUUCAUUCAAAUUUUUGGAAGCCUGGGAAAGAGAUUGAUUGAGAAUUCAAUUCCAGCAUUUUCAAUUCAUUACAUGCUUCCUGAUGUUACAUCAAUUUGGGGUUUUCUUUGAAAGAAAAAACAAGUCAAGUGAAUAUGUAAUAUUUAAAUAAAUGUACAGAGAAAUGAUUAAUACCCUUUGGUUGUCUUUGGUAUGUACUUCCUGAUUCGUAUUUUAAUAUGAAAUAUGUAUAUUCACAGAAGUAAACAAUGUGAAUAAUAUGCUUUCAAGGAGACAAAAGACAAGUUUGUUUUAAUGUUAAAAUCGUAGCCCGUUCCUCAAUUUCGUGGCCCAGUUUUGUUUCGUUUGAUUUUUUUUUCACCUUUCAGUUGAAAGUUUUUGACAGACCGUAUUAAGGAAAAAGUGCAUGAAUUUUCGACUGAAAUUUGCUGGGAAAACCUGUAACAUUUCUUUUUUCAAGUCUUACUUCAGUGCUUCACAUACACAGAGGUGUAUGUAAAUGUAAAUGAAGAAACAAGAAGGAAUUCACAAAUAGCACUAGUUGUAAGCCCAUUUGACAAAAUUUGGAAUUGACCUUGUACUUUAAAUUGCAGAAUCUAUGAAUUAAACCAUGAUUAA